UGUCUCUGACUCAGUUCGGUCACUGUUGCAGGUUCCUGGUCAGUCAGUCAGUCAGUUAGUCAGUGAGUCGAACGACAUCCUGUGAGCGCGCGCGCACACACACACACACACACACACGCGCGAGCGCACAUUCAUAGAGAGCGAGAGCGAGAGUGGAGACGUAAAGGGAGAGAGUUUAAAGAGCGGAGCAGGAAACAAAUCCUCGGUCAUCCUCUCUCCUCUUCUCACGGUCUGCUGUGUUGUUGUGCAUCGUCGAUAUGACCCUGUUCAGCCCAAGAUACAUGAGCAUGAGUGGAGAGCUGAAGUCAGGCCGCUCCAGGGCAGCGAGUAAGAGGGCCAGCAACACCACGUAUGGAUCUGAUUUUGACCUGGACUAUGACAGCUACCACGAGGACUACUAUGACAGGGUGUAUGACUACCAGCGUGUGCCAGCCUCCCUGUCUCCUUUAGCCCUGGGACCCAGUCUGGCCAAGCGACCCCGUUCCUCCUCGCACUCCUCUGGACACAGGCGUAGUCGAGACAGAACCCACUCCAAAAGCUCCAGAGCCCACUCUACUAGUUCACCCACAGCCAAGUUGGGCAUGGAGGAGUUGCAGGUGAUUAAAAAGGAGCUGACUCUGAUAAAGACACAGAUCGAUGGGCUGCUCGACAGUCUUGAAAGGAUGGACACACAGAGGACUGACCACAAAGGAUCUCCCCUGAGGGAGGACAGUCCAGCUGGCUCCCCUUACCCUCUGUCAGCCAGCAGCCCAGAACACUCCCUCUCCUCCCUCUCUCCACCCAGCUCCCGCCAUCGAAUCCACAGGGAGACUCAUGACCUGAAGGAGCCCGACGACGACCACCACACGAUGAGCAACCACAGCUUUGACCCAGAGGAGGAAAUAUGAGUGAGGGGAAAAAAAACAGAAGACGGAGGAGCCCGAGGAUUAAGUGCCAAACUCUGAGGAAGAAAACAACAACAACAACAACCACCGAGCCAACACUCUUAUCACUGGCUCCGUUCCCCAACUGGGUGUACAUAUCAGAUAUCUCUCUAUAUUUAGUUCGGUAUUGAAGCAGCUUGUUUUGUGUGGCUGUCCUUUAAAUUUAAAAUGCAAACACUGACAUCGGUGAUAACACACGCACACACACACAUUUGAACGUGAAUGAGAAGUAAUUGUAAAUAGUUUACUUUCACGUUGAACCCGUAUUUCGCUAUUCAUUCAAAGUUGACUAAACAGGACUUUGAUCACACAUUAUGUAACUAGAUUUGUUUUUGUUAACGUGUCAGAAUAGGAGUUUCAAAUUGUUUCCACACUUUUAACAGUAGAGCAUUCAAAGAAAAUCUAAGUAUCUGUUCUGUAAAGACCUUUAAUUAGAUAAAAAAGAAAAAGAAAAACAGAAAUAUGAUUGUAUCACACGCUCUAAUCCAUCCUUCCAUUAUCUUAACUUAUUAUCCUUUCAAGGUUAUGGUGGAGCUGGUAUUUUGUAUGUCAUAUAGUAUGUUAUGAGGUGAUAUAAUGAAAUAUGAUACAUACUGAUUUGUUGAGAGGCAGGAAAACCCUCUGGAACAUCACUAGCCCUAUCAUAGGUCCAAAAUUUACACUCUGCAAAUCUGCAUGUCUUUGGCCUGUAGGAGGAAAACAGAGAACAUGGAGAAUACUCACACAUACAAACUAGAAGAAAAUGCAAUAUUCAAACCUGGAACAUUACUGUCGUGAGACAUGCUCGCUAUCUCACACAACAAAGGGAAAAUUGGAAUAUAGUGUGUUAAAAAUGUACUUGUGCACUCUCAGUUAUGAUUUAGAACAGGGUUUCUUUUGUGUCUGAGUUCAUUUGUUUGUUCCUUGGAACAUUCACAAUAUUACUUCUCUGACUGUAAGAAAUGGUUUACAAAUGUACACGCUUUUUAAACAUAGGUAUCAGUUCCACUUCAAAUGUAUAAGGGGAACAUUGCAACUCUCUUCCCUGAUGUAUUUGGCACUUAGAAACGUGCUGAGGCCCAGAUCAGUGUGUAAUAUUGUGUAUUAUUGUAAAACUUAACUGUAUUUGUCUGAUUUUAGUCUUGCUUUAGGGACUUCUCGUAUGAUUUUUAAGAAAACAAUGAUGUUAUUAUUAUAAUUCUUAUAAUGUUACAUGUUGUUUUGUUUGAUCUUAAGAUAAGCCAAGUGGAAAUACUCAUUAUCACAGUAGUAAAAGUAUUUUCAUAUUGAGUCAAAA